GAACAGACCACCAACAUGUCCACCAACAUCGGCUUGAUGUCAGCCUUGGUGCUCACCAUGAUUGUCCCGCUCAUGUACGAUGCAGGACUUGGUCCGCAAAACAACUCGUACAUGGUCACAGACCCUUUCUGGGUCGGCUCCCUGUACUUUGCACUUGCGUGUUCAGCGUCGUGGACCUUUGCAAUCAGUACCGUUUUUGCUGUGCUCAAACCAUGGCACUGAACGAAACUGGGAGCUCUCGGGAGGCCAACCACUUCGUCAUGAUCGCGUCAACGGAACUUCGCACGACCAGCGAUCUGUUCACUCUCUCGUGGGUCAUGCUCGUUGGCGUUGUCGUCCUCUGGGCGAGCAUCGUUUGCUUUGACCUGUCUGGAAACGAAGACUGCGAUGAAUCUUGCAACAUGCCGGGAGCUUUCGCUGCUAUGAUUGUCACCUGCAACGCCAUCAGCGCCUAUGCGUGCUUCCGUGCAUGCUCUUUGAUAGCAAAACUCUACAAAUGCAAGGAAAACAGCCCAAUAGUGUCGUGGUGGCCUCGCCCUCCGAAUGCGCUUACACCAACGGCCGACUGGAUUCACGACCCCACGACGCAAGAGGUCCUGGGACUCUUGAGCGAGUACCUCGCGCAUGACAAGGGCAAGGUGACACCAACGGGAUUCAAAGAGUAUCUGAUCAACAGCUCGAGCAAAGGUGCCGGGGCCUUGAGCUAUCUGGCCGAGCGAACUGCAGACAGAGUGUUCGAACGCGCAAUCGAUCUGAUGAUCGAUUCCGAUCUCAAGCACUGCUCAAACGAGGAUGCAAACGAAGAUGCAAACGUGAGCCACCUGCGCGUCUGCACUGCUGAGUAGCGAGUCGAGCGAGGACGCGUAUGUCACUGUGAGUGGUCUCUAUACUCUAAA